CAACAGGGAAGCGUCUCUUCAGAGAAAUCCCACGAUGACUGAGUAGAAAUAUUGGAUCUCUGCCAUAAGAAGGAUCUGAGAAAGCAAACCGGUUGAAGUGGCUCCCCGAGGCUCCAGGUGUUGCCUCCUCUUUUGCAUACUGCUGUCGGUCAGUGCAGUGCAUCCAUGGGGGAGAAUGGCUCGCAGAGGGGCUCCUGGUUCGUCCCCUCCUACAUCCACCCGCUCUUCCUCUCCCGGCUGUCCCCCUCUGCUGACAUGGCCAUCGGCGUCUUCCUCGUCUUCACGGUUGUUGUCUCAGUGCUGGGCAAUGGAGUGGCGUUAAUGGUCUACUGCAGGAGACGAAAGAAGCUCAGACCUCCAGAGCUCAUGAUUAUCAACCUGGCCCUCUGCGACUUCGGGUUCAGCCUUCUGGGAGGGCCAUUUUUCAUCAUUUCCAGCCUGUGUCAUGCGUGGGUCUUUGGGGAGACAGGGUGCCUCUGGUAUGGCAUUCAGGGCUUUGUGUUCGGCAUCGGUUCCCUGCUCACCACCUGUCUCAUUUCUCUGGACCGUUGCUUGAAGAUCUGCUGCCUAAGAUACGGUCAAUGGAUUGAGAGACGCCAUGUAACUCUGUCCAUAGUGCUGGUGUGGGUUUACACCUUGUUCUGGGCCUUACUGCCUGCUUUUGGCUUUGGAAGUUAUGGACCAGAACCUUAUGGGACAAGCUGCACCAUAAACUGGUGGAGCAUGAGGUCGUCUCUAUAUGACAGGAUCUACAUUUUACUCAUCCUGAUAUUAUGCUUUGGAAUUCCAACACUCACCAUCGUUGCCUCAUAUUUGGCCAUCCUUCUGACGGUCCACAGAUCUAAACGCACUCUGGCAUCCAUACCGUCCUCUUCUGUCACUCACAGUGGCAAAGAACUCAGACUUACAAAGAUAGCUGCUGUGGUGUGCACCACCUUCCUCCUGGCCUGGAUGCCCUAUGCCGCCGUGUCUCUGUUCUCCGUACUCCUUCCCAGAGACGACCAAGAGGCAUCUCUGCAGACUGUGGCGGCGGAGUCGAUUGAGAUGACCUCCAGCUCCCCGAGGGCGCCAAAGGUCCUUGAUAUCCCCUCACUGCUCAACUGGACCGCUGCCGAAUAUUACCGACAAAUCUACUACAGUCCCGAGAAAAAGUGGGGCAAUGUGAAUAACAUGAAUUCAGCCUCCAUCCCUGGCCUGAGCGACGCCACGUUGGGGUCCCCCCUCGACAGAGAGGCCGAGCCAAUGAGCGAGAGCCCCCAGCCGUCCUCCUCCCUCCCACCCGUAGUCACCUUGAUCCCCGUUUUGUUUGCCAAGUCCCACUGCAUGAUCAACCCAAUAAUCUACCAGAUCAUGAACAGGGAGUUCAGGAAUGACAUCUAUGCAAUGUUUUUUGGACAAGAGAAGGCGAAGAGAAGGCGAAUGCAGGGGAGGAAGGAAAGCUGUGACAGGAGCAUCAGCGUCUCCGAUGGCCCCAGCUGGAAGAGGAGAAGGAGCCGUGUCCCUGUCUGUGGAAAGAAAAAAGAGAAAUCUGAAGAAAGAGAAGAACCGGGGGAAUUAGAGUGAGAGCGAUGCGUUGGGUUCUGCCUCUUUGGACCCUGAAGGCUGCACACAGAGACGCUGCAGCAUUGGGGGACACAGAAGGGCAGAUCUGAAAUAUGAGAUAUAUAAUAGAAUAUAGAAAUAUAAUAAUAAUAACAUAUUUAUGAAAAUGUUGUCUUUCUUUCCUUGAUGUCUUAGCCCUGCAACAGAUUUGCUGCAACAGAUGUUGUUACCAUGACAAUUUUGAGAAAUGUUAUGUACAAAUCGGGGUAUAUUUAUUCUUACAUUUUACUCCCUUAAUUGAACACCGAACACCUUCCAUGGUCUUUCCUCACAAGACGAGUUAUUUAUCAAAUACCCAUUUUGUGAAGUGAAAUUAUGAAUUAAUGAAUUACUGCUAAAUAGUCUAAGCGUCCAUUCCUAAAUCGCAGGGUAAUUCAUACGUUUUCUUUUGUGUUUGAACAUUUUAUUAUUAUUACUGUUUUAUUUAAUCAUUCAUUGUUUGACUCCCAGUUGCAUUGAACUCAUGAACUAAUUAUUGAGUGAAACCAAAGGCAACAACAACAACAACAACAACAAUAAAGCUUUGUGCUGCACAGAAAACAAGCAGCUGAUGGACCAGCGCGUCUCUAGUCGAGUGUUUACGGUAACAGCUGCUCCUCCAACCCCGCAGCACCGCGCCGCUCCUGCC